GUGGGAGGCAUUCAGCAGGAGAACGAGGCACAGCUGGAGAAGCGUCACCAUCACCCAGUUGGAGGAGUCGACUAACAAAAUAUUCAGUAGCUUCGGCUUCAGUAGAUUACUGCUCAGCUCUGUCUGUUCCAAAAGGAAUCCACGCUUGAGCAACAUCACCAUGACGACUUACAACGCACUUUUUUGUGUUGCAUUAGCAUUAGCCUCUGCUCAGGACUUGACAUGGAGGCCCAAUGUCCAGGAGCGACCAGUGAACCACGAGAAGCAGUCCUUCCGUGAACCAUUAUCCUGGAGAUCUCCAGAUCCCCCGGUUAAAGAGCAGCCACACUUCCCUCUCCAGUUUGAUCUGAAGACUCCAGAGGUACCCGACAGCAUGCGAGUCAUCUGCAGGAAAAACUCAAUCCGGGUGGAGGCCAAGCGAGACCUGCUUGGGAUCGGUCAACUUGUCAAGGCUGUGGAUGUCACUCUGGGAGGGUGUCCUGCCACCGGGGAAGACACUCAUGACCAGGUCCUGAUCUUUGAUUCUGAGCUGCAUGGGUGUGGCAGCCAGCUUCUGAUGUCUGAGGACACCUUCGUCUAUGUCUUCACGCUGCAGUACACUGCGUCUCCUCUGGGAGACACACCCAUUGUCCGAACCAGAGAUGUCACAGUCAACAUCCAGUGUCAAUACCAGAGGAAACACAAUGUCAGCAGCAGCUUCCUGAAUCCCACAUGGACCCCAUUUAGAGACUCCAAAAGUUCUGAAGAAAGCCUUUACUUCUCCUUAAAACUGAUGACUGAUGACUGGCAGUUUGCCCGGCCAUCGUCUCAGUUCCUGCUAGGUGACAUGAUGAAGUUUGAGGUUUCAGUCAAGCAGUUCCACCACACGCCACUCAGGGUGACGGUUGACGACUGUGUGGCCACCGUGGUCAGGAACAUCGACACGGUCCCUCGGUACUUCUUUUUGGGAAACAACGGGUGCCUGUUUGACAGUCAGGUGACAGGCUCCAGCUCUCGCUUCCUGCCUCGUUCACAGGACGAUCGGCUGCAGUUUCAGGUGGAGGCCUUCAAGUUCCAGCAGGACGACAGAGGCGUGCUCUACAUCACCUGCAACCUGAAGGCAAUGGCUUCGACUGCGGUGGUGGAUUCUGUUAACAAAGCCUGCUCCUUCGACAGUGGGUGGACCGAGGCAAGCGGGGUACACGAAGCUUGUUCUUGCUGUGACACGGAGUGUGGUCCACAAAGUUGGGGUCAUGUGACACCGAAUGGUAAAUGACCAGGAGACAGAAAAACUGGGGUGUGAAAUGGGAAGAGGAGGUUGCAGUUGGGCCAAUCACGGUGAAGGAAAAACCUGACACGAGAGAUUAAAAUAAUCCCGCUCA